CCUUUCAGACUUCCGAUAUCCUUUCAUUUCCGGUGUGCAUGGCAGCCUUUCGAAAUAACGCAAAAUGAAGCCAAUUUUACUACAUGGUCAUGAGCGAUCAAUCACAGAAAUCAAAUACAACAGGGAGGGUGACCUUAUCUUUUCUUGUGCUAAGGAUCACCAACCUAAUGUGUGGUAUUCUCUCAAUGGAGAGAGACUUGGGUCCUUUAAAGGACAUACAGGAGCUGUGUGGAACAUGGAUGUCAAUUGGGACACAACCUAUGUGUUGACAGCUUCUGCAGACAACUCUUGUAAACUGUGGGAUUGUCAAACAGGGAAAAUGCUGUCAACAAUGGAGUCUAAGACAGCUGUACGUACAUGUGGGUUCUCAUACAGCGGAAAUCUUAUAAUGUACACAACUGACAAAACCAUGGGACAUCCUUGUGAAAUCCACAUCUACGACAUCAAUGAUAUGAGAGAGCCGGCUAUGAUCAUUCCUAUAGCUGGGCCAAAGAUAACAUCUGCUCUCUGGGGUCCAUAUGAAGAAUACAUUAUCACAGGACAUGAAAAUGGAGAGUUAUGUCACAUUGAUCUUAAAACUGGUGAAAAGAUCCAUGCUGUCCAUGACCAUUCUAAACAGAUCAAUGACAUCCGAUACUCUAAUGAUAUGUCCAUGAUUAUCACAGCAUCGAAAGACACUACAGCCAAGCUGUUUGAUACAUUAUCCUUACGACAUAUGAAGACCUACAAGACAGAAAGACCUGUCAACUCCGCAGCCAUUUCUCCUAUCAGGGAUCACGUGGUACUUGGAGGUGGACAGGAAGCUAUGGAAGUCACUACAACUUCAUCAAGGGUAGGCAAAUUUGAUGCUCGCUUCUAUCACCUUGUCUUUGAAGAGGAAUUUGGCAGAGUUAAAGGUCACUUCGGUCCAAUCAACAGUUUAUCAUUUCAUCCAGAUGGAAAAAGCUAUAGCAGCGGAGGAGAAGACGGAUAUGUACGAGUUCAUCAUUUUGAUCCAAGCUACUUUGAGUUCAGGUUUGAUUAUUAACACUAGUGGAACGUUAAAACUUGGAAAUUGACUGUUUAUUUAUAUUCAAAAAGUGCUCUGGACACUGAAAAGGUCUGCCAUGCCUAAAUCUCAACACAACGGAAAAUUAAUUUGGAAGAUGGAUAAUGUUCCUAUCAGCAAGAUCCAUUUCGAACACAGUGGUGAUUAUUGGAUCAUGAAUAAAUUUUUCAUCUGGAUACAA